UUUGGUCGCGGCUUCUGGGUGAGGGUUGGACUGCUUACAGAGCGGGUCGGUCGGACCUGAAAUGGCGGUUUUCAACAGACUGGGUUGCUGAAUUAUCGAGUCCCUCUCCUCAUGGACUUGUAUGAGAUUAGAGGAGGACUUCUGGAUGUGAUUGCAGAGGAAGCUGAGCACCAGGAGAGCACCAUGGCAGACGGGGGAGGGAGGGCAACCCGAGGAGUUUCCACCUUCCAGAGGUUUUCUGUUGACACCAACGAGUCCCUUUGUUUUGAGCCCUGUGAGGACAGCCUUCCAUCUCCCACUGGGGCACAAGAUGGACUUGAGGAUGUCUUUAAAGAGGGAGAAACUGAGAGUGAGAUUGUAAAGAUCAAGAAUCGUCUGCAAGGGAAGGUCACUGAGAUGGAGAACUUUGCAAGUCAUCUGGAGGAAAUCUUUCUUACUGUGGAGGAGAACUUUGGCCGUCAGGAGCAGCACUUGGAGCAGCACUACAACGACGUGCUGCAGACGUUGUCUCAGCGCUAUGACGACAGGGCGGCUGGCCUGGAAGAGGAGAAGAAGGGCAAGCUGGAGGCCCUGUACAAGCAGCUGCUGGCUUGUGGUCAGGCGAUGGACGCCUCCAAGCAGCUCAUUGAAACGGCCCAGGAGGUCUACCGCGGCCAGGACAAGAGGCCUUUCCUCAAGGCAGUUAUGCCCGCCAUCAAAAGAAUCGAGGAGUUUGCCAAAGAGCAGGUUGACCUCACGCUGUCGACAAGUCUUGAGUUUAACACGCCACUUGCUGACCUGUCGGAUGUCAAAACCAUGAUGGACUCUAUCAACGUUGUGCCAGCGCCGUCUGCCCCGGUAAUCAACCCCCAGAUGCCCAACUCUGCCACCCAGACGUCCCUGCGUGUGUGCUGGAGCUUGUUCUCCGACGACACGGUGGAGUACUAUGAGCUUUACUACAGACCGGUGCUGGAGGACACGCCAGCAGACAGCAGCUGUGCGCCACUCGUGAGCAAGGUACAAGUGAAGGAAACCCACUGCGCCGUGACAGACCUGAUGCCGAAUGCUCAGUAUGAACUGUGGGUGACUGCAACCAACACCACAGGCAUCAGCCCAGCAAGCGAGAAGACCUUAUACAUGACAGUGCCGUCACCUCCAGUGAUCAAGCAGAGGGAGUGUACGAGCUGCCCAGAGGCUGCUCUGAUCCGCUGGGAGUCGGGCAACACCAACCCGGUGGACUCGUACACUGUGGAGCUCAGUGAGAUGGGCACUGAUGGCACAGAGAGUGGCAUUGCUGAGUCUGUUGUAGCCGUGCCCACCUGUCGGUGUCUGAUCCAGCUGCAGACAGGACGCCGUUACCUCAUCUCUGUGAGAGCAGUCAACAUCGGCGGGCCCAGCGGCGGGAGUGAAGUUAUUACUGUGUCCACAACAGGAACAUUCUUCCACCUCCUGGAGGACACCGCCCAUCCUUGCCUGUCCAUCUCUGAAGAUGGCUUCACUAUGUUUUAUGGAGACAAGGAGCUGCCAAUCAGCGCCAUGGCCUUAGAUGACAACAACACCUUUACCAGGUGUGUUGCUGUGCUGGGGGAUCUGAUCCCAGUGAGAGGCCGGCACUACUGGGAAGUUGAGGUGGACGAUGAGACGGAAUUUAGGAUUGGAGUUGCGUCCGAGGACACGGAGAGGAACUCGUACCUCGGUGCCAACAACACCUCCUGGUGCAUGAGACAUAUUCUCACUCCAGCCAGGCAUAAAUAUGAGUUUCUGCACAACGGCUUGAGUCCAGACCUGAGGAUUACAGUGAACCCAGUGCGGAUAGGCGUGGCACUGGACUACGAGAGGGGGACUCUGUCCUUUUUUAAUGUGGAUCUGGAACAACACCUCCACACCUUCCAAUGUCACUUCAGAAAUUAUGUGCAUCCUUGCUUUGGACUGGAUAACCCCGGAGUUCUUACUGUACACAACAGCAUCGAGGCGCCUGAGUAUUCAUUAGUCUAAUGCCAGAACUUGAUCAGGUUUAACAUGGAAUAAAACCUCUGGCUGGAAGGAA